GGUUUUAAUGAAGGGGUUAAAUCCAAUCCGAAGGCACUUUUGUGGGCACUGAUUGCUCAGGCUUAUGCGUCACUGCUUGAGUGUGAAGGAAGAGGGGGUACAGGCUUUAGACAGGCAUAUAUACAAAAACACGGCUGCAGGUUGAGCUUAAAAUAACCCCCGGUCUCCAAAGAAGAGACCCAAGUCCACAACACACUGAUUUCGGGGCUGCCAAGCAGGGUGAGCAGCCGCAGGGCUGGAGAGAAGUGCCAGUCAGCCCGAGGAUGCGCCGCCCCUCUGCCUGCCGCCGCUGCCCUUCCCCUGGAGGGCGGCCUCGCCGGCCGUGACAGUGGGCAUAUACAGGAAGUGGCAGAAAUAAAGAAAAAGCUGUUGACUUUCCUUGUGUGGUGGUAUGAGUGGGCCUCCCAGGCCAGGGCAGUGUCCUUUUUAGGAGGGGAAGCCAGGGAGGUGUCCAAACGGCAGGAAGUCCUGCCCCUCCAACAGUCCACUUGCCGAGAUGAAACGCCCUGCAAGAAUUUCUACUGGAAGACCUUCUCCUCCUGCAAAUAAAACCCCACCCAUAAUUACUCAUGCAAAGAAGUGUAAGGAUGGAUCUGAAUAAAAAUGUAUUCAUCA